UUUUUGUAGUAGUAGUAGCGGUUCAAGUUUCAAGGCAGUGUUGAGGUUGCAAACCAGCCUGAGGAUUUGAGGAUACGGCUUUGUGUCGAGUUUCGCUUUUUAAAGACGCUUUGGAUUUCAAAUGAAAGUUUUGAACUCUGGCUUCUUUCCAACGUGACAAUGUCGGAGCUUCUUGAUGUUUUUCUUUUGGCUAACCCGGAGCUCAUCCCCGACAUGGAAGGUGAACACCUAGAUUGGCCGCUCACGUCUUCUCUGCUCGCUUGUUAGCUUAGCAUAAGGCAAUUAGCGCAGCCUGACGGAAAACACUCGUCAGCAGAUCAUUAGCGGCGGCGGACGCGUCUUCACGGGACGACGCUCUUUGGGCUCAUUAGCUUCUUCGAGGCUCAUUAGCUGGCGCCGACAGCCACGCGCUGCGUUGCAAACAACUUUCUCAUGAGGAACAUUUCCAUUCUGGCCCUUCCAUGACGAGACCCUGGAGUUUAAUUUGGGCCGGCCCAACCAGCGUCGACCCUUCCCGAGCGCCGCCUCGCCGUUGACCUGGCCCGCUCGUCCCCGCGGGACGUCGGCCUAUAAGGCCGACCGGGCGGCCCGGACUCCUUCCCGUGGCGGACGAAUCGCGCGGACCGGCAGCAGGUACGGGUCGCAGGCGGCCGCUCCCUUUCUUUCAAUGACGUGGCUUUUGCUAGCAGGUAGCGACACGAAAAGGCGCUUCCUCUUAGUGAGCUGCGUCAUUCAAAUCAUGACUGACAGAUUCGUUUCACGGUUUCAAGAAAGUGACGGAAUGCUUUUCUAGCGGCGGGCUAGCCGUUGCGGUUGACGCGCUCCGUUGAUUUUGCCGGCGUCAAGGUUAACGGCGGGGCCAAACCUCGUCACGUCGCUCACCGCGUUCUUGGGGGAGCGUUCAGGUUGCCGACUAAUCGCGACGUUGUCUGCGGCAGGAUGUCGGCUGGGAACCGGUCGCACGGCAGCUUUGUGUUCCGCGGGUUCCCCGCGCUCGACGGGCGGCGUUGGGUCCUGGCGCCGCCGCUGGCCGCCACCUCCGCGCUGGCGCUGCUGGCCAACGCGCUUCUGCUUUACGUCAUCGUCUCCGUCCAGCAUCUCCGCAGCCCCAUGUACCUGCUCAUCUGCGCCCUGUGCCUGGUGGACAUGCUCGCCGUGGGCGCCGUCGUCCCCGGCACGCUGGCCGGUCUGCUGGUCGACGGGAGGCGCGUGUCCCUGGCCGGCUGCCUGGCGCAGAUGUUCGGCACCCACUUCCUGUCGUCGGUGGAGUCCACCCUGCUCCUGGCGAUGGCGCUGGACCGCUACGCCGCCGUGUGCCACCCGCUGCGCUACGGGCAGCUGGUGGGGCGGCGAGCGCCGCUGGCGCUGACGCUGUUCACGCUGGCCCGUAGCGGCGCCGUCAUGGCCGCCCUGGUGGGCCUGGCGGGCUCGCUGCGCUUCUGCGCUUCCGACGUGAUCCGCCACUGCUACUGCGACCACAUGGCGCUGGUCAGCCUGGCGUGCGGCGACACCGGGCGCAGCGCCGCCGCCGGCGUGGCCGUCAUCGCCUGCUUUGUGGGCGUGGACAUCCCGCUCAUCCUCUUCUCCUACUUGAAGAUUCUGGGCGCGGCGAUGCGAACGGCGGCCCCCGGGGACGAGCGCCGCAAGGCCUUCCACACGUGCGGCACCCACCUGAUGGUGAUGAUGGUGUUCUACCUGGUCGGCAGCGUCACGUUCCUGUCGCACAACCUCGGUCUGGCCAUCCCCACCGACGCCAACAGCGCCAUGGGACUCCUGUACAUCCUGACCCCGGCCGCCGCCAACCCCGUCAUCUACGGGGUGCGCACCGCCGAGAUCAGGAACGGCUUCCGCGGGCUCCUUGGCCUCAGGGGCGCCGGCAAGGCCAAGGUCUCGCCCGCCGCCCGGACGUGAAGACGCCAACGGCCGUGGGGCGAAACGACCCCGCCG